GCACAAAUACGAAAUGUAAGAACAAACGAUAACGCGGUAAAAUUGAAUGCUAAACAUGAUCGUCGGGUGGGUUCUUACUUCUUAGCUCUCUCGCUAAGUCUCUACACGGAUCAUGAAGUUCAACCAUAAUUGAAUCGUGAAUUUGCAAAACUGCAAGCGUCGGAGAAGAUUCGGAUCAUGGAGGACAAGGGCAAAGGAACGGACAGAUGGAGCGGCGCCGUUGCCAAUCUCACAGAGAUGACCUCCAACCUCGACUUACUCCAGAAGCUUUUACUGAAGAAAGCCGUCUAUGUAGACGACGAGACGUUUGCCAGAGCUUCUUUGUGCUCCGAACAAGCAAGGACGAUCAAGGUUCUUGAACAAAGGGUUGAGACUUUGGAAAGGGAACUUGAUGCUGCUAUCACCGCUGCGGCUCAUGCUCGUUCAGAAAAACGUCAAGCAGAGGCAGCACAAAGAGCUGCUGAAGUACAUGUACAGGAGGUCACUAAAGAGCUAGAGAACACUACAAAGGUAUUUCAACUGCAUAUGGAUGAAUUACGCGCGAAGCAAGAAGAAAUCAACAAACGUGAUAAGGAUAUUAAGCUCUUGGAAGCAAUAAUUCAAACUCUUGGUGGGAGAGAAUAAAGUCUGCAAAUAUGUGAGGUUUAGAUUUUGAUUAUUAGGAUGUUAGUAUUUUUCUUUGUUUUGUGGGUGAAGUUUUAGUGUAAAAUAUUUAUGGAUAGUCUGGUUGAAUCUGAUUAGGAAUUUGGUGUGUAAUAUAUUGUUUUGAACUUAGUGAAUUAACAUUUUUUAGAAAAUGGAUAAAUCAAAUUCAAAUUACAUUUCAUUGGAUGACAAUGUACAAGUUAUUUGCUCCCAGUGCCAACUACUAUGAGAAUAAAAGAAAAUGAGGAUAUGUUUGAUGAA